AUGAGCUCUGGAGCCAGCGACGACGCGAUGAAUGUCCAAUCCACGCCUCAGGGCAACCGCCAGGAUGCUGGUGGGGCCCGCAACGGUUGCCAGCUUCUCUGCCCGAUCAGGAGUGCGCAUCCCAAUCUACGUACCGGAACCAAGACUUGUGACAAUAAUUGCAAGGACAUCCGGCGUGUGAAGUAUUGCCGUCCAUUCAGUAGAGUUAGCAACACGUAUCUGACGAGGGAAUACGACAGAGACCACUUAAAGCUGCGUCAUCGAUGCACCUGCCCCGGAGAGCCGACAUCUUGUGCUGAUCCAUCGCACAUCGGGCCCGAGCAACUGAAGAAACUCUGCAAGACUCGCCGCGGUCGCCACGAAACACCUGGAAAGCAAUGGGUCAGGAUCUACAAGAUCAUACAUCCCAACCAGAACUACAUCCCAGCACCGUACGUACCGAGUGUCAGCGAUCUUGAGGCGAUCGCUCGGGCUCCACCCCCGGAUUUUGUCAAGGAGCUUGCCAAGAGGCUUCAGAGCGCGGGAGACGGAAGCUCUGGUGAAAUCCACCUCUUCCUCUCCAAGGUUCCACACUUUCUUGACCUAGUCUGCCUGACGGGAGCUUAUCCUGACUCCCAGUCAGUGAUUCCCCACAGUCUUGACGAUACCAGCGUCUCUGCUCCUAUGGAAGAGUUUGGCGCAUCGGAACACCAGGAAGCUAUGGAUGAUAGAUUGGCCUGGGACGAUUUCUUCAUCCCCCAACCUGAUGAUACUUGCUAG